CAUUGUUUCCUUUUUCACCUCCGCGGAUUGAUAAAAGUGAUAGUGAAUGACUCUUGAUAAAUUUGCAUUUUUAAUUAAUGCAAAAAGCUCGCUUGACCGUUGAUUAUCAUGAUAAGCUAGCAUUAACUGGAAUAAUUUACCCAAUUAGUUCAUUGUUCCCAUCAACAUGUUCCCAAAGCUGUCCUCAAUCAAGCCCAUAGUCCCUAUCAUUCGACGGCAGUUCAGCGUUUGCGAACUCCCCAAGGACUUGCGACAAGUGCAGAAAACAUGCCGCAGCUUCGCAGAACGCGAGCUGCAACCAAUAGCCGCCGAAUUGGACCGAGAAGCGCGCUUCCCGGCAAAGCAAAUCGCUCAGCUGGCCAAUCUUGGGCUGAUGCGGGUCACCGUUGCGCCCGAGUACGGCGGUUCCAAUUUGGGUAUGCUGGCACUGUCCAUAAUCGUUGAGGAGCUUUCCAGGGGUUGUGCCAGUACCGGUGCCAUCGUAUCGAUCCACAAUUGCUUGUACGCAAAUUUGCUGAACCGUGCUGGAACCGAUCAGCAGAAGGACCAGUUUUUUACGAAGUACUCGGCUGAGACGAUUGGGGCCUUUGCGCUGAGUGAAUCUGAGGCGGGCUCGGAUGUAGCUGCUAUGAGUAUGAGAGCUGAGCGGGAUCGUUCCAGCGAUUGGAUUUUGAAUGGAUCGAAAGCCUGGGUUACUUCGGCGAAAGAGGCCAAAAGUGGAAUCAUCUUCGCUACGGUUGAUCCUGAGUUGAAGUACAAAGGGAUCACUGCGUUUCUGGUUGAUUUCGAAGGUUUGGAAGGAUUGUCGGUGGGGAGAAAGGAGGACAAGCUGGGAAUACGAGCCAGCUCGACAUGUAGUUUACACUUCUGCAAUGUUCGUAUCCCGGCUAGCAGCGUGCUGGGCAAUGUGGGAGGAGGAUUUCGCAUAGCCAUGGAACAGUUGGAUCGAGCUCGGAUCGGAAUCGCAUCGCAAGCGCUGGGAAUUGCCCAGGCAGCACUGGAAACGGCAGUACAGUAUGCCGACCAGAGGGUGGCCUUCGGUCAAUCGUUGUCCGCGCUGCAGGCCGUUCAGACGAGGAUUGCCGAGAUGGCGGUUAGAAUUGAAAUGGCGCGAUUGCUGAUUCGCAAAGCGGCCUGCAAGGUGGACCAAGGCCAGCCGGCGACGAAAGCGAUAUCGAUGGCCAAAUGGGUGGCUGGAGAAACGGCUACUUUUGCGGCGCACAACUGCCAACAGAUACUGGGCGGAAUGGGGUAUGUUAGGGAUAUGCCCGCCGAACGUUACUACAGGGAUGCGCGGAUUACGGAAAUUUACGGAGGUGUGACCGAUGUGCAGAAGGCUAUUGUAGCGGAUCAUGUGAUACGGGAGUUGCGGGGUAAAUGAAGAAUCCAAGAUUCUACGAACGGAGCAAGGUAAGAUCAUCAAGAUACAUAUUUUUUUUUGUGUGGUUUAGGGAUUUUUGAUAGAGAAUAGUAACGAGUAUCUUUAAGAUACAGCUACGGUAAAUCAUUUUUAUUACAUAUCGUGCAAUUUGCAAAUGAAAUUUAAGAUCCA